AAAAUGGGUGAACUAAAACCAUAUUUGGCAAUGUUUGUGGUGCAAUUGAUAUAUUCAGGGCUAACCCUGCUGUCUAAGGCUGUGUUUAACAGGGGAAUGAAUACCUUUGUGUUCAUAUUUUAUAGACAGCUGAUUGGUGCACUUGUUUUGGUUCCUCUGGCCUUCAUACUUGAGAAAAAAACAGUAGUGUCAGUGUCACUUUCCUUUUCAACCUUCUGCAAGAUUUUUGUGUCUUCAUUUUUCGGAGUAACUUUGACUAUAAAUAUGCAAGCUAUUGCCCUUGUUUACACGUCUGCCACUUUGGCUGCUGCAAUUGUCAAUUCUCUCCCCGCAUCUACGUUUUUCUUUGCUGUGCUGCUCAGAAUGGAGAAGGUAAAUAUAAGGACAAAAAGUGGAGUUACAAAGAUAGCAAGUGUGUUCGUGUGCCUGGUUGGUGUAGCCACCCUUGCUUUUUACAAGGGACCACAGUUAAGGAUUGCUCAUUACUACAAUGAUAAGAGUCCACAUCAUGAGGAUCAUUUUUCAUCCAGCAAAAGAUGGGUAUUAGGCUCUGUAGUCUUGUUCAUAAGCGUCAUCAUCUGGAGCAUUUGGCUCGUAAUUCAGGCUCAAAUUCUUAAAAGCUACCCUGCAAAGCUGAAGUUCACGAGCCUUCAGUGCCUGUCAAGUUCAAUCCAAUCAUUUUGUAUUGCUAUAGCUUUUGAAAGAGAUAUUGAGCAGUGGAAGUUGGGUUGGGACAUGAAACUGCUUGCAGUUGUUUACUGUGGGACACUAGUGACUGGACUCAUCUACUACUUGCAAGCUUGGGCUAUCCAAAAGAGAGGACCAGUUUUUCCUGCGAUGUGGAACCCGCUAAGUUUUGUCAUUGCUACCACGGGUUCUAUAUUUCUCUUGGGCGAGCCCCUACUUUUGGGAAGGUCAGAGUUACAAUGCUUCGGAUAC